CUGCGGUGUUACGUAAAUAAGAGCGGGGAGGCACUGACUGGCUGACAAUGUUGGUGCUCCGGCCGGCGACAUUGCGAGCCCUGCGGGGGCUGGUGAUCUUCCAUGGAAGGCGGCUUUCGGGGGUUGCGCAGCAACAAGGAAAUGUUGAUGAAUCUUCACUUCGGCCAUUGUACAUGGAUGUCCAGGCAACUACUCCACUGGACCCCAGGGUUUUGGACAGCAUGCUGCCUUAUCUGCUGCAUCACUAUGGCAACCCACAUUCCAGAACUCAUGCCUAUGGUUGGGAGAGUGAGUCUGCAAUGGAAAAAGCUAGAAAGCAAAUAGCAUCAUUAAUAGGAGCAGAUCCUAGAGAGAUUAUAUUUACCAGUGGAGCUACAGAAUCAAAUAAUAUUGCAAUUAAGGGUGUUGCAAGAUUCUAUAAAUCCAGAAAGAAACACAUAAUUACAACACAAACUGAACACAAAUGUGUGCUAGAUUCAUGUCGUGUUCUGGAAGCUGAGGGCUUUCGAGUCACAUACUUGCCUGUAAAGAAAAAUGGUAUUAUAGAUUUACAGGACUUAAAAAAUGCAAUACAACCAGACACAAGCUUGGUUUCAGUGAUGACUGUGAAUAAUGAAAUAGGAGUGAAACAGCCAGUUAGUGACAUUGGUAACAUCUGCAGUUCCCACAAAGUUUUCUUUCACACAGAUGCUGCACAGGCAGUUGGGAAAAUUCCUCUGAAUGUCAAUGAUAUGAAAAUUGAUUUAUUGAGCAUCAGUGGCCAUAAAAUCUAUGGUCCCAAAGGGGUUGGUGCAAUUUAUGUUCGGCGGCGACCAAGAGUGAGAGUUGAACCUAUACAGAGCGGGGGAGGCCAAGAGCGAGGUUUGCGUUCUGGGACUGUACCAACUCCUUUAGCCGUUGGCCUUGGGGCAGCUUGUGAAUUGGCACAACAAGAGAUGGAGUAUGACCACAAGCAGAUUAGCUUAUUGGCUAACAGGCUAGUUACAAAAAUAAUGUCAGCAAUUCCUGAUGUGGUUAUGAAUGGUGAUCCAGUGCAUCGUUAUCCAGGCUGCAUCAACUUAUCAUUUGCCUAUGUGGAGGGAGAGAGCCUGCUGAUGGCUCUUAAAGAUGUAGCCCUCUCUUCUGGAAGUGCUUGCACAUCUGCAUCUUUGGAACCAUCAUAUGUGUUGCGUGCAAUUGGAACCGAUGAAGACUUGGCUCACUCAUCCAUAAGGUUCGGCAUUAGUCGUUUCACUACUGAAGAAGAAGUAGAUUAUACAGUAAAGAAAUGCAUACAAGAGGUCAAGAGAUUAAGGGAGAUGAGCCCACUGUGGGAAAUGGUGCAAGAUGGAAUUGACUUGAAGAGCAUUAAAUGGACACAACACUAGGCCAGCAGAUCACUUAUAAUUUUGGACUGCGUGGAUGUGGAUUAAAAGAAUGUUCUCUGUACAUUCCUGAGUAAAAUCAAGUGGCACUUUUUCUUUUAAAAUAGUUGCUGUGUGUUCAGGGAAUUUCCCUUUCUAAAAAUAAAGCUUGAAAACUAAACCUAAGGCAGAGUUUUGUCAGGUAUAGAUUAUGCUAAUAUGCAAGCAAAUAUGUAUGGACAUCAUUUCCUGGAGCCAAAGACAUGAGAGUACUUUUAUUCUGAAAGUGAUACUGAUGCAUCUUAGCAUGAAGCUUCUUCAACGGGUGCCAUUGUGAAGGAGUGUUUUCUAUGUCAGGUUUUCAUUAUGUUGUUUUGCAUCUGUUUCACUGGCAUCUGAAAUUUUAUAUGUUUAGAUAUGUUAUAUGCUCAGAAGUAAUUCUCCCAUUGAAAGCAGUCUUCCACCUACAGAAAAAUUCUGUCUUAUAUUUGAGCAGUAGUAUUUGCUCUGUUGUAAUAUACAACUGUGUUUAGGCUAUCUAGCUUUUGAAUGCAAAUUGCUUCAUAAAAUUCAAGUUUUGUUCUCAUAA